AGCGGCCGUCGCGGCGGGCGGUGCCGCUGUACGGGAGGGGACGGCGGCGGAGGAGGAGGCGGCGGAGGAGGAGGCGGCGGCGGCGGCGGGACGGGAGCCGGAGGAAGGCGGCGGGGGAGCGGAAUGGGCGCCUGACGCCCGUCCCGUCCCGCCGCCGAGGGACGAUGGCGCGGCCCCGCGGCGGGCGGUGGUUGCUGGGCGUCCUGCUCGCCCUGUGCCGCUUGGCCGCCCCGUUCGCCAAGAGCCUGGAGCCGGUGUCGUGGAGCGCCGCGAACCCCAAGUUCAUGAGUGGGAAGGGGCUGGUCAUCUACCCGGAGAUUGGGGAUAAACUGGACAUUAUCUGCCCCAAGGCGGAGCCGUCCAAGCCUUACGAGUACUACAAGCUGUACCUGGUGAAGAAGGACCAGGCUGAUGCCUGCAGCACCGUCAUGGACCCCAACGUGCUGGUGACGUGCAACCGGCCCGAGCAGGAGAUUCGCUUCACAAUCAAGUUUCAGGAGUUCAGCCCCAACUACAUGGGCCUGGAGUUCAAGCGGCAGCAGGAUUACUUCAUCACAUCCACUUCCAACGGGACGCUGGAUGGGCUGGAGAACCGGGAAGGAGGGGUCUGCCAGACGCGCUCCAUGAAAAUCGUCAUGAAAGUGGGGCAGGAUCCCAACGCGGUGAUCCCAGAGCAGCUGACGACGAGUCGGCCGAGCAAGGAAUCCGACAACACCGUGAAGAUCGUCACGCAGAGCCCGCGCAGCAAGGUCCCCACGGUGGAGGAGCCCGGCAAGCCCGAUCCCGUCAACCAGGAUGGCCAGGAGACCCAGGGUCCCAGCGACGGCUUCUUGAGCUCCAAGGUGGCCGUUUUCGCGGCCAUCGGCGCCGGCUGCGUCAUCUUCAUCCUCAUCAUCAUCUUCCUCGUCGUCCUCCUGAUCAAGAUCCGCAAGCGGCAUCGGAAGCACACGCAGCAGCGAGCCGCAGCCUUGUCCCUCAGCACCUUGGCCAGCCCGAAAUGCAGCGGGAACGCGGGCUCGGAGCCCAGCGACAUCAUCAUCCCCUUACGGACUACAGAGAACAACUACUGCCCGCACUACGAGAAGGUGAGCGGGGACUACGGGCACCCCGUCUACAUCGUCCAGGAGAUGCCCCCCCAGAGCCCAGCCAACAUCUACUACAAGGUGUGAGGAGCAGCCGGGGACACGCGGCCGACGCAGGAGCACCCGGGAGCGCCCGGCGCAGGGGGGCAGCCGCCCCAGCUCUCCCCACGGGCGGGGAGGCGGCGACACGAACCCCACGGCACGGCGAGGGGAGCGCCGGGGAGCGGAUGGCUCGCUGGAGCACCGAUUCUCCCCCUUUGUAUUUAGUUUUGUAGUUCUGAGCUUUUGUAAUCCCGAGACUCGAGGGUUGAGCCUUCAGCGUCCUCCUCUUCUUCGGCAGACUGCGGCCGGCCUGGGGGCGGGUGCCGUGCCUUUCCCUGCCCGCUCGGACACGCCGAACCCGGGGACCCCGCCUCCCCUUCUCGUUUUUUUGGGAUUUUCCCGCCUCGCCCCUACGUCCUUGUGUGAAGUGCCCGUGUGCCUGGUGCCGCGCCGCUCCCCGAGCCAGGGGAGGAGGAGGAUGCUCUGCCCAGGUGCCAAGAUGCAGACAGCUGUGCAGGGAGGAAGCUGGCAAACCCGAUUUACUACUACUACUAUUAUUAUUAUUAUAAUUAUUUUAAUUUUUUUGUAACGUUUUUAUUUGGUUUUUUUUUGGUGAAUUCCGGGCGGGAUUUCGUCCCUCCGCCUUCGGGCACACGCCGUCGCCUCCGUCCAGCACGCCGUCCCGCGGGGAGACCCCGCUGCUCCCGCCCCUGCCCUUUGAAACUUUUGUGUUCGUAGCUGUUGACUCUUGUUUUAGUCUCUUUAUAAAAAGAAAGAAAGAAAAAAAAUAUAUCUAUCUAUACCAUGUCUGAAGCAUUCAACACCAGGGAGCCCGGGCGCGGAGCAGCAGCUCGGCCGCAGCUCUUCCCGACACCCCGAAGAUGAGGAGAAGGUCUUUGCUGGGGGUUUCUGUGGGGCUGGGCUGAGCCUGCUGGAAGCAAAGCGGGGGGCAGAGGGUGGGAGGGCAGGGGGUGGCUGUCCUUGGAAAGGAAAACUGGAAACAAAGUGGUCCUGACCCACAGCUUGUGCUGGGGGUGCCGGGAAGAGGCCGGUGCUGGGUGACCUCAAGGGUAGCACUGGGCUUUGCUGGGCUGGGAGCUGAGCCUAAGGCUUCUCCCCCUGCCCAGUCCCCUUUUGGGGACCCAUCCCCAGCUGUUUGCCCCUCACCCAGCCCUGCUUCCAGUGCCACCUCCUGGGGGUCCCGCGGCCCCUUGUUGUGCCCGUCUCCUGCGCAAAACUGGCAGGGGUUGAGCCUUGGGCUCUCCUGGUGGGAUCAUUCCCAGGUUCCGCAUCCCAGGAGGACCCGUGAGCACGGCGGGGCUGGCGCUGUCCUGCCACCCCGUCCUGCCGUCCCCACCUGGGCUCCAGCUGCCAUCCCCCCUUUCCUCGCUUUCUUUUCCUUUCAGAAGUAGCUGCUUUUGCUCAGGGAGCAGGCGCGGGGCGGCGGGUUUGGGCUGGUGCAGGGGCUGCCUGGCCGGGUUUGUCCUCGCCUGUCCCCGGAGCCCCCAGACCCACAUCGGGAAGUGCCCAAUGAGCGAGAGAAGCUGCUCUGCGAAAAAGUGCCUUGUCGAGGAGCGGGCAGAGUGGGACCGGCGUGGGGGUUUCCUGCGGGACGGAGCGUCCCUGCAUGGCACCGCUUGGUUUUGGAAGGCAGGAGCUGGGGCUGGGGCAGCUCAGGCUGCCCCGGCUCUCCUGCCUCAGCAUCCCGAGGCGGGGGCGGCUCCCAGGGCCCCAAACUGGCUGUAUUUGGGGGAGAAGAGUCACGGUGGGUGCUCCCCCCUGCCCGGCCCUUCUCCCCGCUCCCCACCGCCGCUGCCCCCCAUGUAGCACCUUUCAGCCCCCUUUCCCCCGUUCUCCAUGCCAGCGCUGCCCAGCCGGGGCUGCUGAAGGGCCGGGAGCCGCCCUGGCCGGAACCCCCUAUACCCCCUGUUCCCCGGGGGAAUGGGCUCUGCUCUCAGAAAUCACAGAAAAUUGUGUCUUAAUUUCCCUCGGCGGUGCCCUCUCCAUCUGCAAACCUGACGUGAGCAGAGCCCCAGCUGGGCGGUGGUGAUGGUGGUGAUGGUGAUGAUGGUGGCAGUGGAGGAUGCUUUGAUGGGGGGUGUCCCCACAGAGGAGGCGGCGGGGGAUGAUUCAGUUUUGGUUUGUUUUUUGGAGGAAAAGGGCUGGGGAAGGAGUCUGGACAUGGGUGGUACCCAGAGCAGACCGAGGGUGCUGGGUGGCCUCCCACGCUGGGCGUCCCCAGCAUGACGGUUGUCCCCAGCUCCCCAGCUCCCCAGCUCCACUCCUAUUGCUGGGUGAGCUCAGAAACCUUGUAAAUAUGUGAAGAAAGGGUAAAAGCUGAACUUUGGGGUUUUGCUGAGCACCUCGGUCUGCUGGGUCCUGAAACAGAGUGUGUCCCUUCGCUUCUUUUCAUUGAAAGCGUUCAAGUUUGGUUGUUUUUUCUUUUUCUUUUUUUCCGUUUUGUUUGUGUAAAUACUAGUCUUUUUUGGAAGAAAUAAUGUAAAGAUGUUUUGUAUAAACUCUGAAUUAUUUUCUGGUUGCUUUUUCUUAGAAAAACAAAUGAGAACUAAAAAAAAAAAGAAAAAAAAAGAAAAAAAGAAAAAAGAAAUUUUAAGCAAGAACGGGUGUGUAAACCAUCGCCAUGGUGCUCAGCCAUGGCUGUGUAAACCAUUGUCAUGGUGCUCAGCCAUGGCUGUGUAAACCAUUGUCAUGGUGCUCAGCCAUGGCUGUGUAAACCAUCGCCAUGGUGCUCAGCCAUGGCUGUGUAAACCAUCGCCAUGGUGCUCAGCCGCGGGUGUGUAAACCAUUGUCAUGGUGCUCAGCCAUGGCUGUGUAAACCAUUGCCAUGGUGCUCAGCCGCGGGUGUGUAAACCAUUGUCAUGGUGCGGGGCUGUGCCCACCAUAGGAUGCAGCGUCCGCCGGGCCCCGAGCAGAGACAGGGACACUUGGGGACACAAAGUGAGCUGGAGGAGCAUCAAAUUCAUCUCCUUUUUUAUCUUUAACAACAACAAAAAAGAACCUUGGGGUGUGUAAAUCAACAGAGCAUCCUGAGAUCCUGACUCGCGUUCCCAACCUGUGGAGCUGCUGCUGUUGCAGGUCCCUUUGCGCAUAUGUCCUGAUUUUCCAGUUGCCCACUCCAAGGACACAGUAGCCCUGUCUCUGCUCGGUGCCCGGGGCCACUCGCUCCUCCUUGCUGUGUGCAGGGCCAUGCCAGGGGUCCCUGCUCUGGGGGAGGUGGCCAUGCCCACCCAAGCAUCACCAUCUCCGGUGUCACCAUCUCCGGUGUCACCGCCAUUGUCUGGCGCUUCCCCAGGAGGCAACUGGGAGCUCCUUGCGCUCCCACUUGCCCAUGGCUCUGCGUUCUAUCAGCAGAGGGUGCGGGGGGGCUGCCCUGGCACCAGCACGCCCGCCCCGCGCUCCCCCAUUCCAGAGCUGUGACCACGUCUCCAUCCCACGGUGACGCAUCCGCGGUCCCGCAUCCCACGAUCAACCAGCCGCGGGGCUGCUGCCCCCAGCCCUUCGCUGCGGUGCCGGUGUCCCUGUCCGUCCUCCACUGCCGGGAGCCGAGAGGCGGUUUGGACGUGGAGCGUGGAUGCGGCCGGUUCCGGUGCGGGGGCGCAGGGGGUGGGAAUCGCUCACCAGGAUUUGGGCACCGCGGGGGACACCGGGGCUCUGGCUGUGACAUGGGCCCUCUGUGCCAGCACCUCCCUGGGGCUCAGCAAUCCCGCGCUGGUUGAUUGUGCCGGGCGCCCUGUGGGGCUCGGGGUGCUGGGGUCCCCUCGGCCGUGCUCCCCGGCGCCGCAGACUUUUUGUUUCUUCGUGUCAUGUUCCUCUUUUUGGAUUCCUUUUGCCUUCGCCCCAGCUCUCCUGCCCAGUAGCAUAUCAUCGGCAUCGGUAACCAGCUCUGUGGCAUCUGAACUCCAUGGAGCCGUGAUGGAACCUGAUAUAUUGUUAAAUAAAAGGGUUUUUUUCCUAUGGAAA